AUGACUUCUUGUUACAUCAUUUCAACAUUAGAUGUCAGAUUCGCAACAACAGAACUUUGCACAUCUCUUUUGGUCAGUCUGAAGGCUUCUCUGAUGGCUGAGCUGAUUCUAUUACAAGCCAACACAAUACCUACAUAUAAAAAUGAUGAUGUAUGUGCUAAGUGUCAGAAGAAUGGAAGUUACUGUAUCAGAGAUAGCGCAAUAUAUUACAUUGAUGGUUCUGUUUACAAUCAGAACUACAAUUGUGAUAUGUAUAAUAAUGGGUAUAAUAACAAUAAUGAUAAUAUUAAUAAUGAUAAUAUCACUUAUAAUAGUUAUGGUUAUGAUGGAAAAUCACUCUUCGGUGUUAUUUUAGGUAUCAUGGGUGUACUUCUUCUUGUGGCAAUAAGCUAUGGCUUGUACAGAUUGAUCAAGAAAACAAAACAAAAGAGACUACGAAAGAGGUCUUUUAAACGCAAUGGUGGUAUACUAUUAAAACGAGCAGAAGCUGAUCCAUCAAUGGUUGAUAAAACUAUACUUUUCACAUCUCAUGAGUUGGAAAAGGCUACUGAUUUCUUUAACGAAAACAGAGUUCUUGGUCGAGGAGGUCAAGGUACAGUCUACAAAGAUAUGUUAGUUGAUGGAAGAAUUGUAGCAGUCAAAAAAUCAAAAGUGGUUAAUGAAAGCCAAUUAGAGCAGUUCAUCAAUGACGUGGUCAUUCUUUCUCAAGUCAAUCAUAGGAAUGUGGUCAAACUAUUAGGAUGUUGCUUAGAGACAGGGGUUCCACUACUAGUUUCUGAGUUCAUUUCAAACGGGACCUUGUAUGACCAUCUUCACAAUGAUAUUGACAACUAUAUGAGAUUACAAAUAGCUACAGAGGUUGCGGGAGCACUUGCUUACUUAUAUUUAGCAGCUUUAAUUCCAAUAUACCAUAGAGACAUCAAAACUACUAACAUACUUUUAGAUGAUAAGUACAGGGCCAAAGUCUCUGACUUUGGAACUUCAAGGUUGGUAUUAAUGGAUCAGACUCUCUUGACUACCUUGGUUAAAGGUACGUUUGGUUACCUAGAUCCUGAAUAUUUUCAAUUUAGCCAGUUUACCGAGAAAAGUAACGUUUAUAGUUUUGGAGUUGUUUUGGUCGAACUCAUAACUCGAGAAAAGCCUAUUUCACUAACUAGAUUUGGAGAACACAGAAGUCUAGCUACACACUUUAUGUUUGCUAUGGAAGAAGGACAUGUAAUGUCUACUUUUGAUGCACAGAUGAUUAAAGAGGCUACUAGGGAUGAGCUUCUUUUGAUAGCUAAUCUUGCUAUGCAUUGCUUGAAUUUGAAUGGAAAAAAUAGGCCCACAAUGAAAGAAGUAUCUGUAAAGUUGGAAACUAUAAGAGCAUCACACAUUCCAUUAACAGUUCAAACCAAUAUAAAUCCUAUGAUAUAUAUGCAUGAAUCAUCUCAACAUCAACAUCCGUAUGAUGAAUCAACAUCAACAUUGUUGAGUUGGGAUAGUAUUAGUCAUACAGAUACAUUGUAUGUAAUUGGACUUUAUGCAAUCAAAAAUCCAGUAAAAAUACCAAAUUUGAAUGGAUUAAUAAUGUGUUUCGUAACCAUUUUAUUAAUGUUAGUUUAA